AUGUCCCGCGCACGCCCGCCGCGGUUCUUGCGGCCCCCGCGACCGCCGCAGCCGUCACCCGAAGACGGCGGCGGCGCCAGCGUGGCCAAGUCUGGGCACCGGAGGCGGCGUGAGCUGCUGUCCCUGCUGCGGGAUCGCGGGUCGCCCUCCGGUGCGGCCGCCUCGGCUGCCGAGGCGCUCCGGCGCGAGGGGCUGCUGGGCGACGUCCGCGAUUGCACGUCAGCGAUCGCAGCGCUGGGCGCGCGGCAGGCCUGGCAGACGGCUGCGCUGCUGUUCGCCGGGAUGCGGAGGGGCGACGAGGGAAUGCCGGCGCCCGACGCCAUCUGCCACGCAGCGGUGGUGGCCGCCUGCGAGCGCGCAGCAGAGUGGGAGGCGGCGCUGGGGCUCCUGGCCUCAGGAGCCCCGGCAGGCGCGGCAGCCUUUUGCGCGGCCAUGAGCGCGUGCGGCAAGGGCAGGCGCUGGCCUUACGCUCUGCGCUGCCUGGACCGCAUGCUGGGUGUGCUCGUGGAGCCAGACGUCCGGUGCUAUGGCGCUCUGAUCGACGCCUGCGGCAGGGGCUCGCAGCCAGAGAGGGCACUGGGCCUUCUGACGGAGGCCGUAUCGAGGGAGUUGCGCCCUGGCGUCGUGUGUUACGCCGCUGCGCUGUCCGCCUGCGGUCGCGCCCAGCACUGGCAGGACGCGGCCGCGCUGCUGCGGAGCAUGGCCCUGCGGCGCGUCGACCCUGACGCGGUGUGCUGCACCGCGGCGAUCAACGCAUGCCGUCGCGGGCACCAGUGGCCCCUGGCCGUUAGCUUGCUCAGCGAGGCGCGGGCUCGCGGCACGCUGCUGGACGCCGCCGUGUACAACGCCACCAUGAGCGCCUGCGAGAGGGCCGAGCACUGGAGCGCUGUCCUGGCCCUGCUCUCCGAGAUGCAGGGCGCCGGCGUGGCUCCCGACCUGAUCAGCCACAACAUUGCCGUCGCCGCCUGCCGGCAGGGCCCGCUGUGGCCCGUGGCUCUGGCCCUGCUGGACGCCGCCAGGUGCGCCGGCCUCGCGCCCGACGUGGUGAGCUACGCCGCCGCGAUCAGCGCCUGCGAGCGGGGGCGGGCCGCCCGCGCGGCCCUCCGGGUGCUGACCUCCAUGCGGGAGCGCGGGGUCCGCCCCAACGAGCUCUGCUACGGCGCCACCAUCGGCGCGGGCGACUGGCAGACGGCCCUGGGCCUGCUGGCAGCCAUGGGGGAGGAGCGGCUGACGCCCACCACGGUCUGCUGCAACGCCGCGAUUACCGCGUGCGACCGCGCGGGCCAGUGGAGGCAGUGCGUGGCGCUGCUCUCGAGCAUGCAGGCCGCCGCCCUGAGCACCACCACCGUCACUUACAACGCGACCAUCAGUGGGCUGAAGAGCGGCUCCGAGUGGCAGAAGGGGGUGCUCCUGUUCUGCAGCAUGCUCGACAGGAUGCCACAGGAGCCCUGGCUGCGGCCCAGUGCCGUCAGCUGCGGCGCCGCGCUGGCCGCCUGCAAGGAGGGCUCUGCCUGGGAGCAAGCCCUCGCGGCCUUCGCCAGGAUGUCCGAGAGCCAGCUGGAGACAGACGCCGAGUGCGGCAGGGUGCUGCUGCUGACGCUCUGCAAGGCCGAGCGGGCGGUCGAGGCGCUGGGGCUCCUCCGCUCGCAGUCCGCCGCGGGGGGCAGCGCGCUGCUGAGGCCCCAGCGCGACGAGCGCUCGGGAGCGCUGCUCCUGGACCUGCACGGCCUGCCCGUGGAGGGUGACCUGGUCCUCGUGGUUGGGCGGGGAUCCCACAGCGCGGGCGGCGUGGCACAGGUCCGGCCCGCGCUGCUGGCCAUGCUGCAGGGCGAGCUGGGCCUGCCGGCGCGCCUGGCGCCCGGCAACGCGGGGAGGCUGCUCCGUGCCUGGUGGGGCUCUUGCGGCCAUCUGGCGACAUCUUGA